AGACGAAGAGACGCAUCAGAGGGGAAAACACAGUUUGUGAUGUAGCUAGCUAUCUAGCGGCUCACUGACUGAAAAUGGAUUCGAUUAAAUAGAGUCUUUGUCCACAUAAUGUACAGCUGGGAAAGACGCGCAGCUGAGAAGCUCACCAAUGUUGAACACAUUUGUGAGGUGAGGAAGAGGAGAGACCUUAAAUAUGAGGACCACCUACGCAGACAGGAACAGGAAAGGGCAGACGCAGAGGUGAGGAGGGAAGUACACAGAGUACGGACGCCUUCACCAACACCUCAGACAAAUAGGUUCAAAGCCCGCAGGUAUGAAAGACCAUGGGCACAGGGAGCGCCAGGCACCAAGAAGUCCUCCAGCUCUGUGAAAUCCACCAGAUCAGAGAUGAGAAACUCACAGAACAAAGGCUCAGAGUCCCGCUUUCCUGCCAUCUCCAGCGGAACCCAGAGCAGUGUAACCCAAAGUAGAACAGCAGAAUUGGCAACCACAUCAAAGACAUGGAGAAGAGCCAUUGCCCCACUGGCAUCCCACUGUAAGGAACAAUCUCCACCAUGUCACAAACACAGAUCUGUGGCUGUAAAAAACAGAGCCUGUAAGUUAUCUACAUGUGCAACUAAGUCAAACACUCUGAAACUAACACAAAGUCAAGACACACUGAGGGUGAAGAAAAAGAUAGGGGCACCAUCAUGUGACCGUGCAGAUAGUUCAAACAUCUCUACAAGACAUGAUCUGGUCAAGAGGCCAUUAGACAGCUGCUCCCUCCCACAGCCCCUGACCUUUUCUAGAAGAUCCUACACAGAUUGGCCCCGUCUUUCCUCACUGCAGUACCACCGCUCCCCCAGCCCAGACGACCCAGAGUCCCAUCCCUAUGUCCAGCUGAUCUCGGAUCCCUUCCAGGGCUUCUCAGAGAGCAGUAGUAUCACAGAGGAGUACGUACGCAGUGAGGACACCUACAGGGCUGAGCUCUGCUCCAGGAGUUUAGCUGACAUCAGUCCUUUGUCCGUACCGGAGUCCCUCCCCUCACAAUGCCCCUCCAGCAGUGGCACCCUGGAAAGCAGCUCUCUCAGCCUCAGUGACUCCUUCACCGGCCCCCUCAGCAGCCACUUCCGCACGCUGGGUGUUCUGUCCUCCGAGUCUGAGUCAGACGGGGAAGACGACAGCCAUUCAUGUCAGGAUGCUGAUAGAGAGAGCUACCAAAUCCCCGUGAGGUGGACUGCCUCUCAGUCUCCCAGUGUCCGUACCGUCCGGAGUCCCAGGGGCCUGCAGUCACAGCUGAGUUUGGAGUCAACAAGCACCCCUGAAGAAUCACCAAACAGUAGAGCUUCAUACACUGGAGAAGGAUAUAGUCCCAUGCCUUCACUAAUGCAAGUAGGUCGACUGUCGAUAUCACCGCUGUCCAUAACACCCUCUGUCACACAGAGAGCCAGCAGGGCUCUCACUAUCCCGCAGCAGCUGUAUGAUCACCUCCCUGAGCUGGAUCAUCUCAGCCCCCUUAGCCUCAGGAGAGCUAACCCCAUCUGGCUGGGCUCAGAGAGAUGGCCGGUGCUGGAGGCCUCACCACCCAGGACCAGCUACACCCUGAGGCACUCCCAGCUGGUCAGCAGGAUCCAGCAGGAGGAACCAGAGGAGGUCAGAGGAGAGGCCAGUAGUAGUGAUAGUAGUACAGAGGACACUCCGUCCUCCAGUGAAGCCUCGCGCCAUGGGACCUCUGGGCUGAUGGAUCACCUGACCAUGGCCCUGAUGGCCCUCCGUGACAUCCGCAGGGAGGUGGCUCACAUUCAGGUGAGCAACGCACAGCAGGGUAGCGGUGCUAUGGCAGCUCAGGAGGUCCAAUCAGCACCGGCUACCAACCCAGAGACGUUACGCAAAAUCAAAGAACGUCUGUUGGAAGAGUCGUCUGAUGAGGAGGAAGGGGACCAGUGUCGUAUCUGUCAGUGUGGUGCUGGCUCCCUGACCAACCCCCUGAUCACCCCCUGUCUCUGCUCCGGCAGCCUGCAGUACAUCCACCACGACUGCCUGAAGAGGUGGAUCCAGACUAAAAUACAGUCAGGGACCACACUGUCUGCGGUCAAAACCUGUGAGUUGUGUAAGGGGAGCCUAACACUGGAUCUGGACGACUUUGACAUGGAGGAGUUUUACCAAAGGCAUGGUCAGACACAGGUGGAGCAGACCAGUCCAGAGCUGUACAUGUUGCUGGUCCUUCGGCAGAGGUUCUCAGAGCUGCUGCAGGUGGCCCAGUCACGUAGCAACGCUGUCUCUAGGAUGGCUACCAGACUGUACCUGAUUCAGAGAACAGCAGGGGCCAACAGUAGGUGACGACAGUGUUGAUCAUUUGGUGACAGAAAUACUGUGCAAAUCUAAAUGGAUCAACAUUUGAUAGCCAGAGUUCUUAUAUUGAGAUGUCUGCAAUUUACUAAAUAAUUGCCUUCUUUGUAAAAAUGGAUUUGAGGAGUAAAUCUGAUUUUAAAUCAUUUGAUUUGAAAGAUUGUUAGGUUUAAAGGACAACUUUGAUUGAAGAAUGAUUGAUCAAUGGAACCUGUUGUGUUUACUGGCCUUUUAUUAAAAAAUAUAUCAACAAAUUAAUAUGUUUUAUUGUCACAUAGGUGCAGUGAAAUGUGUCACACUCUCUGAAUAGCUAUCUACAGUUGAAUAACAGCAGUUGACUGGAUGUUGUCUUGAUUCUCCCUCAGGUUUGAUGGGUUUCUCUUCUUCCACGCACACUGAGGGUGAGAGCCAGCAGAGGGAGCCAGAGAGGCAAUCACACGCCAGGGACACCUGACCCACCCACCUGACACCUUCACCCUUCUUACUUCCUGUUUUUAAAUCCUGGGUGAAGUGACGUUUAUGAUGAAUUUAUUCUAACUUAUUUCAUGAAAUGAUUUUAACACACAAUGCAGUGCAUUUUAUUCAAUGGUACCAUCUGGACAGAGGAGAAAUAAACUUGACAGAGGUGGUGGGUAUAAUAAAUACAUGUAUUCUUAUCUAUUUAAGUUAAAUGAAUUACUUAUUACACUAUUUAUUACAUUUCUAUUAUUAGGAUUUUAACAUCAGCUUUGCUUUUAUCUUGCACACUAUGGCAUUUAACAGAUAUGACUUGAUAGAUGGAAGAAGGCUCUUUAAUGCUGCUAAUUGUUGGAACAGUAAACAGAAAUAAACAUCCAGAAAAUAGAAGUUAAAUUCUUAAGGAAAUCAACUAGAAAGUCAAACUCAGGGAGCUAGUUUUUAUAUCAGAUGUUUGGUGCGAACCUUUCAAUCUUUUUACAUACACAGACACUGUAGUUUUACUGUACUGUUUUACUGUAUAGUACUGUACUGUCUAAGUCUCAAUGGCUUUCUUUCUUUCAUAACUUCCUGUAGCUGAAGAAACUUAGUUCAUUGUCAAGUUUCAGACCAACUUAAAACAAAUUAGCGUAAAUAAAAUCUUUCAAUCGAUGAA